AUGGCACAAAACAAAAUUCUUACCGUUUCUGCACAGGUUGCUCUGGGUAUUCGAUGCCUGCUAGUCCCGAAUUCAACUUCGCCAACGCAUGGGGAUACUCUGUUUGAUGUUGCUUUCGAAGGUGUAUAUAGCCUUUGUGAUAUAGAAGUGGCAAAAGAAGUUGAACAGAUUAAUAACGAACAAAUCAAGAAUAAUAUGAGGGAAAUGAAAAGAAAACUUAAGGGGAAAUCAUCACCACUCGCUAUAGAAAUUUAUAAUUAUUUAGAUAAAGUUGAAGUUGAUAAUUUAGGAUGGUGGGAUCCGUUCGCCAGCCAAGUAAUUAGUGAUGAUUCAGAUUUGGUGCUGAAUUUACCCAGAAAUGUUUAUCACAAUUUUAUGGAACCGUUACGUCGUAUGAAAAUUAAAGCACCGUUCAGUAUUAAGGAAAUACGUUACGCAUUUGUAGAAGGUUUCGAUAAAGAUAAACCCGAAAUUUUACAACCAAAAUGGCAUCAUAAUUGCACUUGGAGAGAAACAAACGAAGAAUUGGCUGUUAUAACAACUGGAAUUUUAGAAUCUUUAAACAUUAUCUGGAGAAACCCUGCAUUUGAAGCUCAAUAUGCGAAAACACAAAGUGAAGGAACUUAUGUAACGGAUGUAAUUAUUCCUUUGUUUCACAUGGCAUUAAAAAAACUUCCAAUUAAGAAUAAUGCCUUUAUUAGCACUAAAGCCAGUGCCGAUAGAAAAGGGGGUGGAAAACAGGGUAAACGUCCAGAUAUAAUGUUUAUAGAAGAACAUAGAGUAUGUCCUGAGCAAAAAAAAGAUAACGAUAACGUAAAACUAUGGCGGGAAAUGAACGAUGGACUUUACUGGGUUUAUAGUGGAUGUAGACCUGAUAAAAAUGAAUUUAGUAUCAUCGGAAUUCAGAUAGUUGGGGAUACGUUGCAUUUUAAUAAUAUUAUUAAGGAUAUGGAAGAUAUCCACCGGCUUUAUCAUUUAUUUUCGGUUAAAAUUCCCAUACGUCCAACCGGGCGCGAAGAAGUAUUCCAAUUUAUAGAGGCUCUUUUAAAUUUGAGAAAUAUUACAAUUACAAACAUGUCGCUAUUAUAUCAUUCUUCCGAAGCUAGAUCUCAAAGACUUAGAAAGCGAAGUUCAACAAUAUCUUCCGAUAAUUAA